AUGGCGUCCAGCCGACUACUGCCCUGCCUGGUGCUGCUGGCGCUGUUGGGUUCGCUCAGCUUUUGCAGCCCAGCGGCACCCGCGGCGCGAGCUCGCAGCUUCGGCCUCACUGGGCCGCGGCUCGAGCACACGCCACGGCCGCUGCCGCCGGUGAGAGCUGGGGCCGAGGCUGAAAAGCCAGAAGAAGGCUCGAUCGGGGGUGCCCUGCUGUCCCUGCUAGGAGGAGUCGCAUUUUGGGCCGUGCUUUAUUGGAUUUUCUUCAAGGCCACUGACCACUUGACCAACAUCGUGCAGGGCUCGCCGAGGCUCGAGGUUUUAAGCUUCGCCAUCCUAGGUUUCUUGCCCUUGGUCCUGGUGCAGACGCUCGGCUUGCACGGAUGGUAG